AUGUCAGAGGUCAUCUCUCCCUUCAUUACAGUCGGACAGGACAAUUUCUAUGUCGCCUUCGAUUCGAAAUGCAGUCGUCUGCCGCCCUCCUGUAUGACCAGACUCGCUCUAUUUGACGAAGAGCUGAUACCAGCAUCCGCCAUUGAGUGGAAGGAGUCGAGCUUCACCCCAGCUCAUCUAGCUUCAAUAUCCACGAACUUCAGCACCGCAGAUGAUAUUUGGACCAAAAGUUUCGUCUCCUUGAUUCUCCUGCUACGUCCACCAGGUACGAAAUGCAAUGUCAGAAAGCGGCGGAUCUUUUCUGUCUGGAACUCCGAAGUCGAACUGAGCAAUGGUCCAUACGUUGUUUCAAGAGCGUCAGGUAACGUCUUUCGCGUAUACAAACUGGCAGCAGACUCCCAUCAUGCGUUUGUGACUGGCAUUCUGCGGCAACCGGGCACAACAUCGGCAUGGCGGCGGUUUCCAUUGCCGAAUAUCAUCCCGUUGCCCUCGAAGCUGUAUCGCUGCCACGACGGUAGGCCCCUGGCUGGCUUGAGAUUUGCAGUCAAGGAUUCGAUUGCUAUCAGAGGCCUGAAGACCGGCUUUGGCAACCAGGCCUGGCACGACACCUAUCCUGCAGAGAAAGCUACGGCGCCAGUUGUCAAAAUACUACUCGAAGCUGGCGCCAUCCUAGUCGGAAAGCUCAAGACUACCGAGUUCGCCGAGGGCAUCGAUCCCUGCGAAUGGACUGACGAUGUCUGUCCCUUUAAUCCUAGGGGUGACGGACUACAGAAGCCCUCUUCUUCCAGUACUGGCAGUGCCGCAGCAGCAGCGGCUUACGAGUGGCUGGACUUCACAAUUGGAACAGACACCGGCGGGUCAAUUCGACAUCCGGCUGGUGUAAACGGGGUAUUUGGACAACGACCUUCGCAUGGACUGCUCAGCCUCGAGGGAGUGCUCGGAGCAACAGAUUUGUUUAACACGGUUGGAAUAUUUGCCAGAAAUGUCGAUGUUUUCACUCGUGUCGGCUCUUAUCUCGUUUCCCAAGCCCAGGUCCCAUCGAGAUUUCCAGAAAGUCGCAAGUACAACUUGCUCUGCCCAACCAGACCUGCACAGCCCGAAAAUGGAGGGACACCUCACCAUGGGCACCAAAAGUGGCUUCCUCGUCCUUCGGUCGACGCGAAAUAUUGGUCCCAAGCUGAGAAGCAAAUCGAGACAAUGCUCAGUCGACUCGAAUGUCAUCUUGAUUGUGAGAGGGUAUUCUUUGACAUCGACGAGCUGUGGAGAGCCACACCGCCAAUCGGUCAGCCAAGGUCGCUUGAUCAAGCUGUUGGGCAUGUCUAUUCAACUAUUACGACGGCCUCUGCGGUUGGCGGGGGCAUCGAUCAAUUCUUCGGCAAAUACGAGGCCAACAACAACGGGCAGCCUCCAAAAGUCUCGGACCUGGUUAAUCGCCGUCUCGAUCAUGGGCGCAACGUGUCGACAGAGAAAAUCACUGGCGCUCUGGAGGCGAUGCAGGCGUUCAAACUCUGGGUCGAAACGACGCUUUUUGGUUCCUACGACCAGGAUGCCAUCACUUUAUUGGUAUUCCCGCAAUCCCUUGGUCGCCCAGAUUAUCGUGACAAUGUGCCUGAUCGGGCUGAGCUCUUCAACGAUGCUUUCAGUAUCUAUUCCUUCGGGUAUCUGGUAGGCUGUCCAGACUAUACAGUUCCUGUCGCAGAGGUUCCGUACUUGUCGAAGGUUACCUCUAGGACUGAGUAUCUCCCAGUAUCGAUCAGUCUCGUAGGGCGGCCUGGCUCGGAUCUGGAGCUUUUCAAUGUCGUGCAACAAUUACACAGAUUUGGUGUGAUCUCAGAUGUGGCCACAGGACCGCGACUAUAUCCACAGCACAUGGAUGCUCAGGAAAUGAUGUCGCCUGCACAAAAGGUUCACUCCAUAGGUGCAAUCGCUGAACAUUUCUCGGAGCCAAAUUCUUCAUUCCCUUAA